GGUGACGUCAUUGCUUCGCUACAUGGCUAACGACUUGUAGAAUUCAAAUCCAACUUAUUGACAACUGUUACUCACUUAUUGUUGGGAAAGUCUUUUGACUUUUGCUGUUCUGGUAAUCCCAGGUAAAUCCAGGGUUAAUCCAACAAAAUUAUCAUUCUCAGAACGAACACCACCUGACAAAAUCCGACAUAGCACUUACAUUAAGUUUCGAAAUUUUCCAAAAUGGCGGUGUUUGAAUUGUCAACAUUUGUGUUUGCCGUUUUGGUCAGUGUUGUUUUCAUUUUCUUCGCUGUAUGGAACAUCAUAGCCUUUGAUGACUUGAAGACAGACUACAAGAAUCCUGUUGACCUAUGCAAUAGCUUGAAUCCUUUAGUGCUCCCUGAGUAUGGAUUGCAUCUCUUUCUUUGUCUGCUUUUUGUAAUUGGCCUGUAUUGGACAGCAAUACUGUGGAAUGCACCAUUGAUAGCUUACCAUAUUCACAGGUACAUUAAUCGACCUGUGAUGAGCAGACCUGGUCUGUAUGAUCCUACAGAAGUUAUGAAUGGCAGUGAAAUGUCUAGAUGUGUGAAGGAAGGAUGGGUGAAACUAGCUUAUUAUCUUUUUAGUUUCUUUUUUUAUUUAUACAGGAUGAUGAGUGCUAUGCUGGCUUGAUUCUUUUGUUGCAAUAUGGGAAAUUACUAUUGCCAAUGUCAGAAAGAAUGAAGAUAGCAAAUUGGACUGCUUGUUUUGACGGUAAAAUACCUAUUAACAAUCUUGCCUGAAAUUUUAUUAUUUUGCUGAACAGUUUCUGUGUAUGUACCAUCAUCUUUUUUGACAAUAUUAUAUGUUGUGGCAUUUUCAUGAUUCACUAUGGUUACCAUGACGUCAUCAAUCACCAAUGUUGUAAACAUUUAUUAGAACAGGGUAAAAUCACCAAACAGAAAAGUUUUUAAUCUGUUAAAUAAUAAUACCAAUGGUUGUUAUCAAUGGUCAUAAAUGUGAAAA